AUGUCUCAAUUAAUAUUUUCCUACCUGCUCUACCACGGCCGCCAACCUUUGUACAGAAUAGUCCAGCAUACUCAUCUAUCCCCUCUCCAAGUUAGACAUGGUCUGGCUGUUCUAAUCCAACAGCAUCUAAUAUAUCAUUGUACUUCCCUGGAUGACGGUAUUACAUACUAUGAAGCUAGCUGGAGGACUGCAUACAAUCUCGUACGGUCGGGAAAGGUCAUACAAUUGGUCGAAGAAAGACUGGGGGAGUAUGCUGCCAAAGUGAUGUCCAUCAUCAUCUAUCAUGGUCAUGUGAAGAUUAGCUAUUUAGAGACGCUACCAGAGCUACAACCUCAAGCUCAGCGGAAAGAAGAAGAUGAUACAGGCGGAAAUGGACCCAAUGAAACACAUGAGGGCGAAGAUGACGCUGUAAAUCCAGAGGGAGUAGAGCUGAAAAUAGAAGAUGGCGAACAAGUUGAGGUAGGAGGGCCGGAGAACGGCAUUAAUGGCAAUCACGACGAGCAUGAACUCUCUCAACUUCACCCCACUUUGCGAUCGCUUGCUACCUAUGGAUAUAUUAUGAAGGUACGGGACGCCCAUUUCCAAAGUCCGUCAGAUCUUGUCGAGGAUGCCGAAAGGGCCAUUGGCGCACGGUCGGAUGUACGUGGUUUGAAGGGGAAAAGGCUCCAGGAAGCGAUUGAGACCGGAGUGGAGGUAUACAUUCAAGAGAAAACAGAUGGAACGAUAUCUCAAGGGUCAGUUAAAGGGGGUUUACCCAGGGGCACUAAACGACGCGCCGGAAGGUCGACAACACACUCUUCAAACAAAAGAGUGAAGAGUGAACAUACGGCAGAAGAUGAGGCCGAUGGGCGCUAUGAUGACAUCAGCGAUGACGACUACGUGGAUGACAAUGCUACACCGAUGGAUUGUAAUAUGAUUGUUCGUGUCAAUUUUCAGAAAUUCGAGGUCGCAUUACGAAACAGACGUUUUGUUAGAUUGGCUGCACAUCAUACCUCCGCGGUGACCUCUCAAGUCUACGAAGCGCUACUUGAUCGCAUUGAGCUUAAAACUCCUGUAUGCCGAAAGCAGCUAGAGCGUGCUUCGGAGGGGGAGGAAGGCGAGCAAUAUUCCGUCGCUAUCCCGCUACAUACCAUCCUAGAUGACCUUGACCCCGGCCUGGAGCUCUCGGGUUCCAUGGCUAAAACAGAUCCAAAGAGCCCACUUUCAAAUAGACACAUAGGCCUCAAUGGAGACUACGACGAUGACGACGGGGGAGGUUCCCGAAAGAGUAACAAAAACCGAAUAUAUGAACUCGAGCAACACCUGUCUCUCCUGGCCCAGGAACCACAUAUUUUCUCCACACGCAGUAUGCAAUCGGGCAUGAUAACCUGGGCUGUCGAAUUCAGACAUCUCGCCUGCCGACUCCGCCAUCUAGAACUCGAGCGCAUUAUCGAAUCGCGCUUCGGCACCAUUGCAGUGCGUGUCGUCCGCGUACUCGCUGCAAAGGGAAAACUGGAUGAGAAACGCCUUCAGGAAAUCAGCCUGAUGGCGUCUAAGGAACUACGCCAGGUGCUUGCGCGUAUGGAAGCGGCUGGCUUCGUUGACCUGCAGGAAGUACCGCGCGACACACAGCGCCAGCCGUCUCGGACUAUGUAUCUUUGGUUCUUCGAUCCGGACCGCGUGGGCACUAUGGUCCUCGAGGAUACGUAUAAGUCCAUGUCGCGCUGCCUGCAGCGCAUGGCUGUUGAGAGGAAUAAGUUGAAGUUCUUUUUGGAAAAAACAGAGCGCACAGAUGUUAAGGGGAAUGAAGAGAAGUAUUUGUCUGCUGCGGAGCUCAAGAUGUUGAAGGAGUGGCGCGAUAAGGAGGCUCUGCUACUUGGGGAGGUUGGGAGGUUAGAUGACAUAGUUGCUGUUUUGAGAGAUUAUUGA